AAUGCUGAUAUGUUGGCCAUUUUUGCAGGCUCCGAAGAAGGCAGCUCCUCCUCCAUCGUCCAAACCCGCCAAGUCUGGUGGUGGAAAGCAGAAGAAGAAGAAAUGGAGCAAGGGAAAGCAAAAGGAAAAGGUGAACAACAUGGUUUUGUUCGAUAAGGCCACUUACGAAAAGCUCCUGUCUGAAGCCCCUAAGUAUAAGCUCAUCACCCCUUCCGUCCUCUCCGACCGUUUGAGGAUUAGUGGAUCCCUUGCUAGGAAGGCAAUUAGGGAUUUGAUGGCUAGAGGGUCGAUCAGGAUGGUGUCUGCUCAUGCUAGCCAGCAGAUUUACACCAGGGCUACCAACACCUAAGGCUUUAAGAGCGUUAGACUUGUUUGUUUCAUUAGCUUUCAUUUUGUUUGAAACAUCAUUUCAAGACAUAAAUUUUGUGCGAUGAGUUGAAGAUUUUGACUUUCUUCUUGUUCUGUUACUGGCUGAAUUCUUUUCUUUCUU